AUGGGCCCCUGUGGCCCUUCAAUAGGAAGGCGACAUGCUUAUAAUCAGCUGCCGGACCUGAGCCACCUGAUGGAGGAGGAGCGCAGCAUCAUCCUGUUGGUGAUGGAGAGGCAGCGGAGGGAGGAGGAGAAGGAGCAGAGCAUACUCAGGAAGUUACAUCAGCAGUUUGAGCUGUACAAGGAUCAGGUGAAGAAGCUGAGGAAGGAGCCUCCGGCGGCUCACACAGCGAGGGCGGCGUCUCCCACCUGCGGCGUCUGUUGCAAGACAAAGUUUGCCGACGGCUGCGGCCGCGCCUGCUGCUACUGCCGCCACCGCUUCUGCGCUCGUUGCGGGGGCCGCGUCCCUCUACGGGCCAAUAAGAACAAUCUGGCCAACAUGAACCCAGCAGACACAGACUCGCUCCGUGAGGCUCUCGCUAACCAGGGUGCUCUCGUGGGUCACCAUGACCAAGCAAUCCGUGAGGUAAUGGACAAUAUUCAAGCACUAUCUAUCAACAUGGCACAGCUGGGACAUCAGCUGAGCCUGGUUUCUACUCACCUCACGCCUUCUGCUCCAACCAAUCCUCUGGAGACUUUACCCUUGCCAGUCCGGCCCCAUCCUCCAGCACGAGCGGGCUUCUUUUUUGUGGCUAAGAAGGACAAAUCGCUUCGGCCAUGUAUUGAUUAUCGGGGUCUGAACAACAUCACUAUUAAGAACAAGUAUCCCCUGCCCCUCAUCAAUUCAGCCUUCGAGCCAUUACAUGGAGCUACCGUCUUCUCCAAGCUCGACCUCAGGAACGCUUACCAUUUGGCCGAGAAAUGCAAGUUUCAUGUGGAUUCGGUGGACUUCCUGGGGUACAUUAUCGAGAGGGGGCAGGUCAGGACGGAUCCAGAAAAGGUUCAAGCAGUGGCUCAGUGGCCCCAACCGACCACUCGGAAGCAGCUUCAGCAUUUCCUGGGUUUCGCUAUAUUUCGCUAUCGCCGGUUCAUUAGGGACUACAGCCGGGUUUCCAGACCCCUCAAUCAACUUACAUCCCCGGCAGCAUCCUUCUCAUGGACUCCUCAGGCUGAGGCUGCAUUUACAGAGCUGAAGAAACGGUUUACGUCAGCUCCGGUCCUCAUUCAUCCCGACCCAGCUUUGCAGUUUAUCGUCGAGGUGGAUGCCUCCAACUCUGGAGUAGGGGCAAUUCUGUCCCAACGCUCUAUGACUGACCAGAAGCUCCAUCCUUGUGCGUUUUUCUCCAGACGCCUGUCUGGGGCUGAACAGAACUACGACGUCUGCAACAGGGAACUACUCGCGGUUAAACUGGCGUUGGAGGAGUGGAGACACUGGUUCAAUUUCACACUGACUUUUCGUCCAGGUUCCAAGAACGGUAAACCCGAUGCCCUGUCCAGAUUGUUUUCCAGUGACCAGGAAACAGUCAUUCUCACCAUCGUGGACAGAUUCUCCAAGGCCGUACACUUCAUACCCCUUCCCAAGCUCCCCACUGCCUUCGAGACUGCCGGUCUCCUGGUCAACCAUGUGGUCCGUUUACAUGGCAUCCCCAGUGACAUCGUUUCUGACCAGGGACCACAGUUUUCGUCUCAGACUAAUGGGCAGACGGAGCGGGCCAAACAAGACCUGGGGUCCAUGCUACGGUGCGUCACAGCUCAGAAUCCCUCUUCCUGGAGUGUUCAUCUUCCCUGGAUCGAGUAUGCUCACAAUUCGCUCUCCUGCGCCGCCACGGACCAGGAGGACGAGAUUGCGGUGCCCUCAGUCCAAGCUCAUCUGCGUCGCUGCAGGAAGAUUUGGAGGGGUGCUCGCUCGGCUUUGCUGAGGACCACUGAGCGUAAGCAACGCAUCGCCGACCGUCACCGGACCCCCGCACCAGAGUGGCAAAUAGGUCAGAGAGUGAUGUGGGUGUGUAACAUCUGCAGGAUGCUCACUUGCUCGGGGGAGUUUUACUCCAACAUUUCGCUGCUGUCUGUCAACCAAAGCCUAAACGGGGUUCCAUACCCACCAACGCAGGAGAUGUCGGGGGCCACAGGGCCUCUGAGCAACGGAGCCACUGAGUGGAAGCCCAGCUCCUCGGGGUCGUAUUAUGAUGGUGCCGGGGGCAGGAUGCCUCGCUCACCCUCUGAUUUGGACCGCCGCGCUCACUCGCCACAGAACUGCCACGGUAACGGGGAGGAGGAGCUUCGGUUGCGGAGGCGACCAAUCAGAGACGGGCGAGGCUGCUGGCACUCACAGGACCUUCCUCUGGAUGAGGUUCACGACGAGCGGCGGCGGCGGGAGGAAGAGGAGUUUCAGGCUCGUUACCGUAGCGACCCAAACCUGGCUCGUUACCCGGUGAAGCCGCAGCCGAGCGAGGAGGCCAUGAGGAUGUUGGCUCAGGUCGGCAGGGUCCGCCACCAACGUCGCCACAGCGACGUCUCCCUGGAUACCACCGAGCCCAACCACACAGCUCUCAGUCAGAAUCGGCUUCAGGGAUUGGUCGCUUCUGUGUUCCGGGCAGCCAAUCACAUCAGCCCUAGGUCUCCCCGUCGCAGUCCGUUACCUCGGCAACAACUGGACCCAAGUUCCGCCCUCAAGAGGAAGACAGCCAAUGAGAAUGCAGCACAGAGGGGGCGUAGAAUGGGGAAGAUGAACGUGAUUGGUAGCUUCAGUAGCUCAGAGGACGAGCUCUUGACCACGCCCGACUACACCAGCUGUGACGAGCCUGACAGAGACAUGGACGGCCAAUGGUGGGAUGGUUCCUGGCACGGCGAUCCUGCACCUAUGUCUAUGCAGCCGGUCACAUGGCAACCGUCCAAGGAUGGAGAGCGACUGAUUGGUCGAAUUCUGCUGAAUAAGAGGAUGAAGGAUGGGACGGUUCCUGCAGAUGCAGGAGCACUGCUGGGACUCAAGGUUGUCGGGGGAAAGAUGACGGAGUCAGGUCGUCUCUGUGCGUUCAUCACUAAGGUUAAGAGAGGAAGUCUCGCUGACACUGUGGGACACCUGAGACCAGGUGAUCAGGUUCUGGAGUGGAACGGGCGGGUUCUUCAGGGAGCCACUUUUAAUGAAGUCUACAACAUCAUCCUGGACUCCAAACUAGAACCUCAGGUGGAGCUGAUGGUGUCCCGACCCCUCGGAGAAAUUUCCAGAGCAGCAGACAGCUCCCACGUCCAGCUGGACUCCAGUUCCAGUUCCUUCAACUCUCAGAAAGUCGGCCCGUCCAUCUCCGUCACAUCUCCCAUGAGCCCUAGCGCUCUUUCCGGCCAGGUGUCUACUGGUAACAGGCGUCCUCUGGUUCCCAGGAUCCAGGUGAAGCUGUGGUAUGAUAAAGUUGGUCAUCAGCUAAUCGUCAAGGUUCUUGGAGCCAAAGAACUUCCUGUCCGAGACGACGGCCGACCCAGAAACCCCUACGUGAAGAUCUACUUCCUGCCAGACAGAAGUGAUAAGAGUAAGCGCAGGACAAAGACGGUGAAGAAGUCGGUGGAGCCGCGCUGGAACCAGAGCUUCAUGUAUUCUCCGGUCCACCGGCGGGAGUUCGGAGAGCGCAUGUUGGAGCUGACGGCGUGGGAUCAGGCCCGAGUCCGGGAGGAGGAAAGCCAGUUCCUGGGAGAGGUGCUGAUAGAGUUGGACUCGGCUCUGCUGGACGAUCAGCCUCACUGGUACAAACUGCAGCUCCACGCCUCCCCCCACCUGCAGAGGAGACAGAUGGAAGACACAGCGUCCAGCAGGAUGCUGCAGAGGUCUCACAGGAUAAGUGACGGAGAGUUCUCAGAUUACGACUGUGAAGACGGCAUCGGGGUGAUUUCAGGUGAACUCCACAAUGGGCGGGACUUCCACAGCUCCACCCUCUCCGUGCCGGAGCAGGUACUGAUGGCAUCCAAUCAGGGCUCUCGAUCCGACGUGGUCAGGAUGAGGUCACGGUCUCCAAGCCAACCGCCUCCUCACAGUGGAAACCCUCUGUACCCGUUGUACCGAGAGGACGCGGUGCGGUUACUGCGAGGCUCCAAACUGAGCCGAGCAUACUCUGACGCCGGCCAUUACAGCAGCCUGGAAAGAUAUUUUAACGGUCCAAACCAAACUCAGUGGACAACCCAGAUGAUGAAUGGGAGCAGUGAGGACUACAGUCACGACUUCAUUCCUGACUUCCCUUACGACCCCGAGCCCUACGACGUGGAGCAGCUCAGUAACCCUCCUGCAGGUGCAGCAGUUGUCAUAGUGAUGUGCAGGUACAGCCGGGGGAUGGACCGCCGGGAUUACAACAGUCGCUCUCGCUCGGCCGACCAGCGAGCGAUGGCGGACCGGCCCGUCUACACUCGCUCGCACUCCACCGACCGGGCUGACUCCGCCCACCCGAGGGUUGGACGCUCCGCCCCCCCCUCACCUGCCCUGACCAGGGCAAACCCGCGAGGUGGAUUGACCCAUACGAGUCCGACAGGAACUCCCGUCAGCAGCCGCCGAGGACGCCAGCUGCCCAUUGUCCCGCCCAAAGGAGCUCCGGACAGAAUUUUGACCACAGAAGCACCGACUGCAGCUGUAGCUCCUCCCACUCCACAUCAUCAGGCCACUCCCCCUGCCAAUCAUCAACCCCCUCCUCUUAUACGAGUCCAAGCCCCAGCUCCUCCUGGACCCGCCAACCCCCACACACCUCUUACACCUGCACCAGCUCCGGUACAAGUUCAAGCCCCGCCCCCAGCCUCUGCACCUGUCCAAGCCCCAGCCCCUGUACCUGUCCAAGCCGCACCCCCAGCCCCUGUACCUGUCCAAGCCACGCCCCCAGCCCCUGUACCUGUCCAAGCCACGCCCCCAACCCCUGCACCUGUCCAAGCCACGCCCCCAGCCCUUGCACCUGUCCAAGCCACACCCCCAGCCCCUGCACCUGUCCAAGCCACGCCCCCAGUCCCUGCACCUGUCCAACCCGCAGCCACUGCACCUGUCCAAGCCCCGCCCACAGCCCCUACACCGGUUCAAACCCUGUCCCCUGCGCCAGCUCCGGUAGAAGUCCAAGCCCCGUCCCCUACUCUGGCCCCAGCACCGCCACCUGCUCCAGCACCUGCUCAAGCCCCACCCCCAGGUGCUGCCCCUCCUGUUGUUCAAUCACUGCCCCCUGCUGAACCAGCCCUUCCCCCUGCACCUGCCCCGGCCCCACAGACUCCAGAGUCCGACAGACGACCAACGACACCUGGAGGGAGCAGAAAAGGUCUGAUGAAGGAUCCUUUAAAGAUGAGGGACAGUCUGUCCUUUAAAUCCUCAGACAGUGACAUCAGCGACGUGUCGGCCACGUGUCCCAGCAUCAGAGACAGUCCCUCGGUGGAGUUGGGGGCGGGGUCAGAGGGAACACAAGAAGUAGCGGGGGCAGCAGCGGGCGGAGCCUCGCUGCAGAAGUGUGAAUCAGUGGAGGAGGCAGAGGAGGAGGUGCCUGAGCCUCCAAAACCGGCACCGGCAGCUCCUCUCACAAAGUCGUCCAGCGUCGGGGGGGAGAUUUGUUCGUUGGGGAGAAAUGACGACGACGACGACGACAAGAAGCGGCGCUCGAGCUUCGGAGCGAAGAUGAUGGGGAUGGUCGGACUGGGAAAGAAAAGUCAGAGCGCCUCCCAACUCAACCCCGAGGAGGAAGAGAAGAAGAAGAAGGUGAUUAGACUUCCUGUCCAGAGGAGUGUAGAAACAGGUUUGGCCGUCGAGUUUAAAGCUCGAUUUACCCGACAGCCGAGCCGCGACCCGGAUGCCGAGGACCCCAAACCCGGAGCUCUGAUAUUUCCGGGAGUAAAGUUGGCGUCAGACAAACAGUUCACCGGCUUUCUGGAGGGGUUAGGCCCCGGGCAGCUGGCUGGACGGCAGACACUGGCCACGCCCCCGAUGGGUGACAUCCAGAUCGGGAUGGUGUACAGGAAGGAGCGUCUGGACGUGGAGGUGAUCCGAGCCCGGGGGCUUGUGGGUAAACAGGGCAACAAGAACACUCCAGCUCCCUAUGUGAAGGUGUAUCUGAUGGAUAACGGGAAGUGUGUGUUGAAGAGAAGAACUCGUCUGGCGAGAAAAACUCUUGACCCGCUUUAUCAACAACAGCUGCAGUUUGAAGAAAAUCCUGAGGGAAAAGUACUGCAGAUCAUCGUGUGGGGUGAUUACGGCCGUAUGGAUCAUAAAUCCUUCAUGGGCGCUGCUCAGAUCCUAUUGGACGACCUGGACCUGUCCAACAUGGUGAUUGGCUGGUUCAAACUGUUUCCUGCCACCUCAUUGGUGGAUGCCGCCUUGGCGCCGCUGACCAAUAAGGAAGUAGAAGGGAACAUUAAGUUGUAACAUCAGGAGGCAGGGCCAAACGCCUGAAAUGAAAAAAGGCCCAUGAUCCUCCUCUGCUGCUGCAUGAUGACAUCACAGCGAUGACAUAACGUCACCAAUGAUGUCACUGGGCGGACGUCAGCAAAGGAUGUUGGGAGAAGGAGAGAAGGGAGAGGCUGCCGGCCAAUCACAGCAGCUUCCCCGACGCAGAACAUGGUUCUUUAUAUUUUUGCAUGGAACGUUAAAACAUUAAAAAAGGUUAAAGAACAUGAGAACUGCAAAAUAUAAAGUUUCUCUCUGAAAAACGUGUUUUCAUGAGGUUCAGGUUCCUGAUUAUUAAAAUAUGUAUCUUACCUGUACAGCUGAUUAUUAAAAUAUGUAUCUUACAUGUACAGCUGAUUAUUCAAAUAUGUAUCUUACCUGAGUCGGAGAUACUAAAUACAUGUAAAUAGUUUAAUAAAAAACCUUUAUGGCCACAUUUUUUA